CGUUAUCGUCGACCAGUCCGUCGUCGAUCAGAAGCGGAUUAUGAUCCCUGAGAACUUGGUUCGGAAGUUCAAGGAUAAACUCUCUGAUAUUGUCAAACUCAAGCUUCCCAAUGGUUGUGAAUGGGAAGUGCACUUUGAACAGUCAAAGGACAAGGCCUGGUUUGAUGAUGGUUUGGACAGUUUCAUACAGGACAACUCCAUUGGCAUCCACUUCUUCUUGCUCUUCAAAUAUGCAGAAAACUCGCAUUUUAAUGUCCAUGUGUUUGACCUAACCACAACCGAGAUUGAUUAUCCUAGCAAAACCAGCAGUUCUGGCAAAACACCGGACACCAUGAGUGGCAAUUGAGUUGGUGGUGAGAGUGUUAGUAGCGGGAGGGAAUGCUCUUUCUCUCUUAUGCGGCACAAACUGAGGUUGCAAAACUGAAGGAGAAGAGUGUGUGACAUAGAGCUACCAUGUCAAUCUAGUGCCAUCCAUGAUUGACAUGGUAUGAUUUGUGCACAUUCACUCCCUACUUUGGAGUGAGAUAUACUGGAUUUGUUUGGUUUGAUUAUUUCAUUCUAGGUGUUGGGAUUAUUAUAAUUGCUAGGGGAUAGCUAAAGAGGAAUCAAGGAGUAGCUGUUGUGUAAUUGAAAGAAUUAGUGCAGAGUCCAGACCAACUUCAAGUCCAUUGUUAGGAAUUAACUUGGGACUCAAAUCAUUUAGAAGCCAGUGGUGUUGGAUUUCAAACAGUAUUGAAACAUUACAAGUACACUUUUUGUAAGAAUCAAAUCAGCUAAAAAGUGUUGGCG